UACUAUAGUGAUUAAUGUCCUUAUCUGCAKUCCGAGUAGUUAACUGUUAACUAGUUUAGCAGUUAGUCGUUUCAUCGUUUGGCUGUUUUUCGUGUUUCCACGUUUUGCAGGAGUCCAGCUCACGUUUCGUGUCCAACAGACUUAAAAUGCGUUACGUGGCUGCAUACUUGUUAGCUUCUUUCAGUGGAAAAGAACCUUCCAGUGAUGAAAUUGAAAAAAUCCUUAGUUCCGUUGGUAUUGAAUCUGACUCUGCUAAACUUAGUCUCGUUGUCAAAGAACUGAAAGGAAAGAAUGUUGAUGAAGUUAUUGAAAGUGGCAGAUCUAAAUUAGCUAGCGUUCCAACUGGUGCUGCUGUAGCRGCGCCCACUGGAGCUGGAGCUGCAGUGCCAGCAGCUUCUGAAGAAAAAGCUACCAAAAAAGAGGAAAAGAAAGAAGAAUCCGACAAUGAAUCUGAUGAUGAUAUGGGCUUCGGACUAUUCAACUAAGAUUAAUCUAUUUUCCUGGCUAUUUUUUGUACUUCUGAGAAUGAUGGUUAAAUAAAUCAAUUAUUUUAAUUGUA